AUGCUCUCACUAUGGAAAGCCACAUAUUGGACUACUUUUAUAUUAACAUGGUUGUUCUUACCUUUAUUAGAAUCUUACUAUACUUCUGGAUACUAUCAAGGAUGGGAAAGACUUCGAGAUGCUGUUAACAAGAAUCUUAAGUUUCAAUUGGUUAUGUUUGUUGUAUUGAUUGCUUCUGUGAUAUAUCUUUGGCUUGAAGUAGGAUUACUGAUGGCUCAUGUGAAACAAUUGGCCAUUGCUUUAUCUCAUAUUUAUGCCCUUAUAAUGGCUUUAUGGUUAAUGGGUCAUGGAUUAGUUGCCAUUCCAAGAAGGUUCUGGCUAUCUUCUACCAGUAUCAACAAUUUGAACAAUGUUUAUUUACAUCUACCUCGACUAGUAGAUAACUUAGAAGACUCCAAACUACUGUUAAAGGAAGAUUGCUUGAAAGUAAUGGUCCUUCAAAGAUAUUACGCAGAUGAAUUUAUUGAAUACAGAGAUUGGAUUUUAGAUUUGUAUAAUCGAAUCCCUCCAGAGUUAACAUCACAAACUUUAAGAUUCAUAACUCUGGAAAAUAGUCAAAUCAACCAAAGUGAAAUCACCAAAGACUUUAUGAGGAAACUACGCAGUCUGUUCAACGCAAACUUGAAUAGCUACGUAGCUUAUAAAUCAGAAUAUACCAAAUCCAUUGAUGAAGCCAUCUAUUGGGAAGAUGUAACUCAGGGGAAUGGUCAAGUUCAAUUUAGAAAUAAUCGACGUCUCAUGAUAUCUUCAAGGUUCACCUAUAUUUAUUUCUAUUACAUAAGACCAUGGAUUUGUCGUGGGUAUGCAGUUGUUUUGAUGGCUUUAUCCGUUAUAAUGGUUGAAUCUGAAAUUUUACAUUCUACCAAAUUAUCACUAGUCAAUUUCCUAUUGACCAAAACCACAAACAGUGGGGUUACACAAUUCUUAUAUUGUUUCCUUUUCUUUGGAUUUAUGAUCAUAGCAGCAUUGGAUUCUCUUACUCAAUUGAAAGUAUUCAACAUGUACCAUUUGGUACGGAGUAAAUCCGAUGUUGUUUCAGUGUGUUUCUAUGCCACAUAUACUGCUAGAUUAACUAUCCCCUUAUCAUAUAACUUUCUUAAUUUGUUUGUUUCACGCGACUCGGUAUUUGAAGAUUGGUAUGGGAAAUCGGUUAUGCUUACCGGGUUGUUUAGUAUUCUAAACAAUUGGCUUCCUCGACUUAUCAUCAUCCCCUUAACACUUACAAUGUUCAAUAUAUAUGAAAAAAUCAAACAACGGUUUGGAUUCUCUGCUGAUUUACUUCUUGAUGAUUCAGAGAUUGAAUAUUCAACAGAUAUUGAACAUGGUCAAGCCACCAGAAACAAUCUUAUGAUUGAAGCAAAACGUAUAGUCGAAAGAGAACUAAUGCGUUCGGAAAGCCGGGAUAACCGUGAUAAUAGCAACCUUUUAAGACCUUAUAGUUUUACAGAUGCUGCCAAUAUCAACUAUGAGAGGAAUAGACUGGAGUUCCAUAAUUCAUUAUCAUUCACCAAAGACAACAACGCUAAAACAGCAGGAGGACCCGUGAGUGAAAGAAGUAUAAGUACACUUCCGUUAGCUCAAUCCACAAUAAAAUCCGAGCCACCUGUUUCGACUCUAUCCCCUUUAUCUUCGUCAUCACAAAGUACUGGCAGUUCUCAAAGAAGUACAAGAACCACAAGCAAAGCACUUAGAGAUCAUUUUGAUACCAAUUACAAAAGAGAUAAAGGAUACACCACCAAUAUUCAUUCUAUAGGUAACAAAUAUGCCUUUUCCAAGAGUCAAGAACAAUUGAAUGCCUUGGCAGAUCACAUAACUGUGAAUGAACAAGAGGAUCAACCAUGGAUUAUGACUCCAUCGGGUUUCAAGUUUAGCAUUUAUGGAUGGCCCAUCUCUCGAGUGACUCUUAUUCAAACACUGCCAUUCUGUGCAAGUGCAGUCACCGUACCAAGACAGCAGACACAAAGUUAG